GUUAUCCCCCAAAUUCUACAUUCACCUAUACAUACAAACAAACAAAUACACGCGCGCACACCGUGAAUCAUCACAGGUGAUUGCAAUCGCCGUGCUUGUUUGCCGCUAAAUGCUUCGAUUUCAAACGAGCUUCAAUUUGUAACCACAAGUUGGUUUUAUGGGCCCGCCAAGAAAGUCCAGAAGUGUGAACAAGCGGUAUUCUGAUUCUUAUGUGGUCUCUCCUAUCAAACAUGACGAGGCUGCUGAUAGAAGAACUCCCCGGAAAAGGAAGUUGGUUGACAUGUUGGGUCCUCAAUGGAGCAAAGAAGAGCUAGAACGCUUCUAUGAAGCAUAUCGUAAGCAUGGAAAGGACUGGAAAAAGGUGGGAGCUGUAUUGCGAAGUCGAUCUGUUGAAAUGGUGGAGGCUCUUUACACAAUGAAUAGAGCUUAUCUGUCUCUUCCAGAAGGAACUGCUUCCGUGGCUGGAUUAAUUGCAAUGAUGACAGACCACUAUUGCAAUAUGGCUGGAAGUGAUAGUGAACACGAAAGCAUUGAAGGUAGUGGGACAUCUCGAAAAUAUCAAAAGCGUUCUCAGGCCAAGGUACCGCCGAAGAGCUCUAAAGGAUCUGAAGGGCGUGUGACUUCGAAUUCCCAGGCAAUUGCGUCAAGUUAUGACUACCUUCCCUCGACGAAAAAGAAGCGCUCUGGUGGAAGCCGACCACGUGUUGUUGGGAAAAGGACGCCUCGAUUUCCUGUUUCCUAUUCUCAUGAGAAUGUAAACGGGGAUACAUAUUUUUCUCCAAACAGGCAAGGUCUCAGAUUCGACGUGGAUGGUAAUGACAGUGAUGUUGGCCAUGAAAAUCUUAUAGCGUUGGCUGAAGCUUCACAAAGAGGGGGUUCUCCUCGAUUAUUGCGGUCACCAAAAAAAAUGGUUGCUGAGGGUGACAUCGAUGGAGAAGGGAGCAUGGAGGCUGAUAAUGGGGACUAUACACGGCCAAAGAGAUAUAUGAUGAAAUCUGGAAAUAAGAGUCCUUUUUCUCAAAAAGGGCAAAGACCAUACGGGAAGAGGCUAGAGCUUGAUAAUGAUAAAAACAGUCAGGAUGAGAUCAGGGAAGCCUGUAGUGGAACAGAAGGACAAAAACUUGGAGCAGCUCUGGAAAAAUUUGAAAUUGAAGUUACAAAUGGAAAAACUGCCAAGUAUUCUCAGGGUCAGUGGAAGAGAAGUAGAAAAGUUCUUUUUGAUCGAGAUGAAAGCUCCGCAUUAACCGGCCUGGAAGCUUUAGCAAAUGCAAUUCUCAUGCCUGAAUCAACAAAUGAUAAUGAUUCAUCUGUUUUGAUCAAAGAAGAAAGUAAUGAAGCUGAUGAACCUGAAUCCUUCGAAGCUAUACAUACAAACCAUCAGAGUGACAAAAGAUGGACCGUGGAGACUAAAGGAUAUCAGUCAAAUUCAGGAUUAAAAUAUGCUACAAAUCAAAUUUCCAAAAUAGGGAAAGAUCCCUUUGAUAGUGUUAGUCGUAGUCCUGAGGCUAAGUUGGACGCUCCUUGUUCUGUUAGUAAGCUGUCAAGAAAAAAACAGAAGACUGUUGCAUCUAAAAUUCAAUUGGCUGAAGGUCACAGUGAUACUCAUAUGAGUGAAUCUCAGAUAGUUGAGGGCAAAGAGUUGGGCAUGAAAUCAACAAGCAAGGGUAAGCGAUCAUCGCAAAGUGCUUCACCAAUGUUAAAUAAACACCCAGAGAAUUCAUCUUCAAGUACUGGUCCAAGAAAGGAAGCUGGCGAUUCAGCAAUGUCAAGUGUACAUCUUCCUGGUGCUGACCAGUUUGAUGUAACUAACAAAAGAAAGAGCAGACGUAAGACAAAGAUUCGCAAGGUCAACACAUAUGCAGAUUCAGAAGUAUCAGAUAAAACGAAAAAGCUCUUGAAUUGCUUUUCUAAUGAUGGAGUACGUAGAUGGUGUGCAUAUGAGUGGUUCUAUAGUGCAAUAGAUUACCCUUGGUUUGCUAAAAGGGAGUUUGUGGAGUACUUGCUUCAUGUUGGUCUGGGUCAUGUUCCUAGAUUAACACAUGUCGAGUGGGGUGUCAUAAGAAGCUCUCUUGGCAAACCGCGGAGGUUUUCUGAGCAGUUUCUGAAGGAAGAAAAGCAAAAACUUAAUCAAUACAGGGACUCUGUUAGAACACAUUAUACAGAACUCCGCUCAGGUACAAGGGAAGGACUUCCAGCGGAUCUUGCACGGCCUUUAUCAGUUGGACAACGUGUAAUUGCUAUUCAUCCAAAGACUAGAGAAAUUCAUGAUGGCAGUGUCCUAACUGUAGAUCAUAACAGGUGUCGAGUUCAAUUUGAUCGUCCUGAACUAGGUGUGGAGUUUGUUAUGGAUAUUGAUUGCAUGCCCCUAAAUCCGCUAGAGAAUAUGCCAACAUCAUUGACAAUACAUAUGAGUGCUGCUGAUCCCAACAACUUAAUUAAGUUCAAAAUGAAUGGGCAGGUAAAAGAUCAGAGAGUUGAAGGGUUUAUUAAAUUUUCUCCAUGCGACAACCUGGAAAACAUUGAUUCCUCCUCCUAUACAUCACCUACUUCUUACCCAUUGUUUAAUUUAUUUAAGCCAGAAAAGAUGGGUUCUGUGGUUGUUGAUUCACAAGCUAAAAUGGGUCCUAAAGAUAAUGUUUCCAGUCAACAAAUAUCAUACUCUCAGCCUUCUUCACUGGCACAGAUUCAGGCUAAAGAAGCUGAUGUUCAAGCCAUUGCUGAUCUUACUCGUGCUCUUGAGAAAAAGCAAGUGCUAGUUUCCGAGUUGAGGGAAAUGAACAAUGACGUGUUGGAAAAUCAGAAGGAUGGCAUUUCAUCACUAAAGGACUCGGAGCUUUUUAAAAAGCAGUAUGCUGCUAUUCUUGUACAAUUGCGUGAUGCAGAUGAGCAGCAGGUUACUUCUGCUUUGUCUUGUCUGAAGCAACGUAAUACAUAUCAAGAAAAUGUAUCCCUUGCAUGGCCGAGGUCCAUGGCCAAUCCUGUUGCUUCUGUUGGUGUAUUAAACGCUUCCUAUUGUUCUGAAGUUCAAACUGAAAAAUCCGGGUCCCAUGUGAAUGAAAUUGUUGAAAGUUCCAAGACAAGGGCUGGUAUUAUGGUGAAUGCAGCUAUUCAGGCAUUUUCUUCGAUGAAGGGUGGUGAAAACACCCUUGAGAAGAUUGAGGAGGCUAUAGACUAUGUCUAUGGUCAGCUACCGUCAGAUGAUUCUUAUGUACUAUCUGAGAAAUGUUUUACUGCAAUGGAACGUGGUGAUAUGGCCUCUCAAGAACAAGAGAAGUGCGGCACAUUUGGACCAUUGCAGGUUCCACCCACUCCACUCCUAAAUUCGUCUGGGAUCCCUUCAGAACUUAUAACUCAAUGUGUGGCAACUCUGCUGAUGAUUCAGAAAUGUACAGAACGACAGUUUCCACCAGCAGAUGUAGCACAAAUACUAGAUUCUGCUGUUGCAAGUUUGCGGCCUUGCUCUGUACAGAACCUUCCUGUUUAUGCUGAUAUAGAGAAGUGCAUGAUUAUGAUCAGGAAUCAAAUAAUGGCACUUGUACCAUCUUAGCCCAACCACAGCCCUCGUCGCUGAAUAAGCUCAUACAUCUUGUAAAUGGGCAGUGUAGAUUGAACCAGAUAGUUUUUCAAGCCCUAUAUAGCUAGGCAUGAAUUUUUGCCUAUCAUUCCCUUUCAAUAUUAAAGGGUUUCUUAGUGGAAUGAGAUUAUUGUAAGGUCAUGUUUAUGAAGCUAAGCAAAUUUUAGGGUCACCAUGUGGGGACAUAUUA